AUGGUGAGCAAAGCAGUAGCUUCUUUAGCAUCUAUCAUCCUCGUUGCCUGCGUCAUCGCCGGCGUCGUCUGCCUAGUCAACCGCAGCGGCGACUCCCACGACGGCGAUCAUGGUACUAACAUUUCCACGUCCUCCAAAGCCGUCGCCAGCAUCUGCUCAACCACCAGUUACAAGGACGCUUGCGUGAACAGCCUCGAAAAUGUGGGCAAGAACGAGAGCGCCACCGCCAAGGACUACAUCAUCGCCGCCAUUCAGGCCACCAUCGAAGAGGCCAAGAAGUCCAUCAAAGCCGCAGAGUCCGUCAAGACCGACGGCGGCAAGGACCCCCGCGACGCCAUGGCCGUGGAGGACUGCAAGGACUUGCUGGAAUUCGCCAUUGAGGACCUCCAAGCAGCCUUCUCCUUCGUCGGCGACAGCGACUUGCACACCAUAAACGAUCGCCUUUUCGACCUCCGAAACUGGUUGUCAGCCGUCGUUUCCUACCAGCAAACCUGCCUCGACCAGAUCGGCGAGCCCCAGUACAAGGAUCCGAUGGAGCAUGGCUUGUUAAAUGCCACUCAGCUCACCAGCAAUGCCCUCACCAUUGUUUCCCAGCUCGGCGAGAUCCUCAAAGCCUUCCACAUCGAUAUUGAAUUGCCGAAGGGCGCCGAUACCGGCCGCAGGCUCAUGGAACUGAGCGUGGUCGGGCACGAUGAUUAUCCCUCGUGGUUCCCGGCCGGCGACAGGAAGCUUCUCCAGGCGGGUCGGGCAAAACCGAACGCAGUGGUGGCUCAAGACGGGUCUGGGCAGUACAAGACGGUCGGUGGGGCGGUGAACGCAAUCCCGCGGAAGAGCAAGAACAGAUGGGUGAUCUACAUCAAGGCCGGUGUCUACAGGGAGAGCGUCAUUUUGCCCAAAGACGCCACCAACGUCUACAUGUACGGCGAUGGACCCACCAAGACCAUCAUUUCCGGUUCCAAGAACUUCGCCAUUAAUAAGAUAACAACCAUGAACACUGCCACUUUCGGUACGUAUCUGAUUAAUGGCGAGGGAUUCAUUGCCAAGGGAAUAGGGUUCCGCAACACAGCCGGUCCGCAAGGGCAUCAGGCCGUCGCAUUCCGAAGCCAGUCCGAUUUGUCGGCUUACUUCGACUGCCGGUUCGAGGGCUACCAAGACACUCUAUACUACCAGACCAAUCGUCAAUUCUACCGCAACUGCGUAGUGAGUGGCACCAUCGACUUCAUCUUCGGCCGAGGCGCCGCCGUGAUCCAGAACAGCGAGAUCAUCGUCAGGAUGCCCCUACCGAACCAGCUCAACACCGUCACCGCCGACGGCACAAAAGAAGCCUUCGCCAUCUCCGGAGUGGUUCUCCAGAACUGCAAGAUCGUGGCAGAGCCUCAGCUCUUCCCCAACAGGUUCAAGAUCAAGAGCUACCUCGGCCGGCCUUGGGACAAAUUCUCGACGACGGCAGUGAUGGAGAGCGAGGUCGGCGAUUUGAUCGAUCCGGAGGGGUGGACCAUCUGGAGCGGCUCCAACAACCACCAGACGGCGAAGUAUCUGGAGUACGGAAACCGCGGCGCGGGCUCGAACACCAACCGAAGGGCCAAAUGGACCAGAGUGAUUAAGAAGAACGAGGCUCUUAAAUACACUCCAUCCGUUUUCCUCGAAGGAGGAAAGAAGGCCGUGAAAUGGGUGCAAGGUACCGGUCUUCCGGUCACCAUGGGACUUACAUAUUGA